AUGGCUACCUUUUGUGUUUCGUCCACCAUAGCCGUCAUCACUCUUUCUUUCUUACAUCUCAUAUGCUACACUGUUACAGCAACAAGCAUCGUCAACAAUAUCAAUGGCGGAUUCAGUGCCCAACUUAUCCGGAAAAACUCUCCGAAUUCACCUUUCCAGGAACACAAAAACAGAAAACAUUCUCGACGGUUGAUUGGUCCAAACGUUCCCGAAGCACCACUAACAGUCGAUCAGAUGAGCUUUGCACAGAUUAUGAAGAUCAAAAUGGGAACUCCAGGUACUGAUAUUUAUGCGAUUGCUGAUACCGGCAGCGAUCUAGUAUGGACGCAAUGCGAGCCAUGCAAAGCUUGCUACACGACCAAGUUUGGUGUUUUUUACCCAAGAAAGUCAUCAACUCAUAAGAACAUUACUUGUCGACAUAGGGAAUGCAGACUCCUCGGAAAAAAAUUUGUACCACAACUUGUAGACGAAUGUAAACAGAAACCUACAACAAAAUGCUUUUACAGCUACGCAUAUGCAGACGAGUCAGUCACAUUAGGUACAUUGGACAAAGAAACAAUUUCCUUGAAAUCCAGCACAGGUGAAGACGUAGUGCUAAAAGACAUUGUAUUUGGGUGUGGCCACAACAAUAAUGAAACUGCCACCACUGGAAAUGAGAUGGGAGUUAUAGGACUUGGACGUGGCCCCUUGUCUUUUGUUUCUCAAAUUGCUCCUUAUGUUGGAGGCAAGAGAUUCUCUCAUUGUUUGAACUCGGAUCCUAAGUUGGAGAGUAAGAUCUAUUUCGGGAACGGGAGUGAAGUUUCUGGCGAAGGGGUGGUGACAGUUCCUUUGGUCGAUGCCGAGACUGGUUAUUUUGUAACAGUAACUGGAAUGUCCAUCGGCGAUGAUUUUGUUCCGUUUGACUCGAACGGAACAACGGCGAGAAAAGGUAACUUUCUGAUCGACUCAGGUACACCAUAUCCACGGCUACCAAUAGGCUAUUUUGAUAAGAUGGUAACUCAGCUACAAAAGGCAGUUCCACUGGGAUCAUAUGUUAAACUAGAUAAGGCUAGUGGGCUACGAUCCGUGUGCUUUAAUACCACGCAGCCUGUAAAUUUUCCGCUAAUGGCUUUUCAUUAUGAGGGUGGUGGUAAGGUGCCGUUAAUUGGUGAAUUUAUAUCAACUCCGGAUGCAGAAGAGGGCGGGAAGCAUUGUUUUAUACUGAACGGGGAUGACAAAGAGAUUGGUUUUAUUGGGGGUCUUAUGCAGAUAGAUUUUCUAGUUGGUUUUGACUUGGAUAAGAACGUGGUAUCCUUCAAACCAACUAAUUGCGUAGAGUUCAACAGCAAUGGGGAUGACAAAGAGCAAGGUUAUGUUGGGGGUCUUAUGCAGAUAGAUUUUCUAGUUGGUUUUGACUUGGAUAAGAACGCGGUAUCCUUCAAGCCAACUAAUUGCGUAAAGUUCAACAUCAAGUGA